CUGCAGGGCGUUACGAUUUAAUGGAGACAGUCCUCAACUACAUUAAAGAUGUCCUUAUUCCAUAUUAUAAGGAAAUUAUAAACCCCAGCAUCAGGGAUGUUGCAGAUACACCAACAUCUAAUUUGAUGAAGACUCUUUUGAACAUCUGCACAUCACAGCAAGGGAAUGGUGUUACCACCAUCGUUAAUUCGACACUUGCUGUCAAGAGUGACAGCAUUAAAGACCCCAGCCUUCGUAAGGAAAUUCAGGCUCUGGGAGGCAAACUGAAUCAUUCGGUUCGACUAAAUGGAAAACCGAAAAAAUGUGUCACCAUUCCAAAGACUUCCAUGACCGAAGAGCAAUGGAAGUCAGUGGCAUCGGCUAUGUUAAAAGCAGCUGUACCACCUCCAACUACAACUGACCGGGCAGCUGUACCUCCUCCAACUACAACUGACCGGGCAGCUGUACCUCCUCCAACUAUAACUGACCGGGCAGCUGUACCUCCUCCAACUACAACUGACGAGGCAGCUGUACCUCCUCCAACUACAACUGACCGGGCAGACAGGGCAGCUGUACCUCCUCCAACUACAACUGACCGGGCAGCUGUACCUCCUCCAACUACAACUGACGAGGCAGCUGUACCUCCUCCAACUACAACUGACGAGGCAGCUUUACCUGCCCAGGCAACACAUAGAACUGUCCCGCAGUUGCCUUUUCCUAUUCAGAAGUUACAGAAAAAGACAAUCACCACAUGCUUUAAAUGCAAGAAAGUUGGCUCGAAGUUUUUACACUGGGUUGCAUGUGAUGGCUGUCGAAAAUGGUACCACCGAAAAUGCACCACCUUAUCCUGCAAGGACUAUCUAAAGUUAACGGAGGAUUCUGUAUGGAAUUGUGACAUUUGCAUUGUGUAGGAUAACUGUAGUGUUUACAUGUAUUAAAGCUGAAAUGAAUUAAUAAAUAUAGUAUAAUUCUAUAUGUCCGCCAUAUUUCUCUGCUAAUCCGCCAUAUUAGUUGGUAGGAAUGGUUAAAAAUCAAUUACCAUUCAGGUACAAAGAAAA